AUGGUCUCCUCCAAGGUACUGGCCCUCGCAGCCCUGUCCGCCACCAGCGCGCUCGCGGCACCCAGCCGCGGUAAGUUCGGCUGCGGCGCCGAGCCCACGCCCGAGCUCCUCGCCGCGGCCGAGCAGAUGGCCGUGCAGGAGGCCGCCGGCAACACGUCGUUCAACGCCCUCGCCACCGUCGAGGUCGACGUGUACUUCCACGUCGUGGCAUCCAGCACCGCGGUCGCGGACGGCUACGUUGCUGAUAGCUCGCUGACGCGGCAGUUGAGUUUCAUGAACUCCGCCUACUCCCCCAACGGCAUCCACUUCAACCUAGCCGGCACCGACCGCACCGUCAACUCGGCCUGGGCGUCCGACGGCGCCGAAAUAGCCAUGAAGAAGACGCUCCGCAAGGGCGACUACAGCGCCCUGAACCUGUACUUCCUCAAGUCGCUCGGCGGCAACCUGGGCUACUGCUACUUCCCGGCCGCGGUGUCGUCGGGCUCCAACGCCUACUACCAGGACGGCUGCUCCAUCCUGUCGUCGACGGUGCCCGGCGGCUCCGAGACGGGCUACAACCUCGGCGGCACCGUCGUCCACGAGGUCGGCCACUGGUUCGGCCUGUUCCACACGUUCCAGGGAAGCAGCUGCUCCGGGUCCGGUGACUCAGUCGCGGAUACGCCACAGCAGCUGUCGGCUACUAGUGGGUGCCCGACUACGCGGGACUCGUGCCCCAAUGUGGCUGGCGUGGACCCGAUCCAUAACUAUAUGGAUUACUCGACUGAUGUCUGCUACGAGGAGUUCACUGCUGGCCAGAAGACCAGAAUGUUGAACAUGUGGAGCCAGUACCGUGGUUAG